CUCCAUUCAGUCAUAGACUCGAAUCGCAUUCUAUUUUUAAAUUACCCGCGAAUUUCAAACGAUUUUUUUAAAUUUCAUUUUCUUCUUCGUUGAUUUUUUUCGAAGAAAAGAAAUUCAAGAUGGUGCGCGUAUGCGCUGUAUUGGCGUUAUGCGCGCUAGUCGCGUGCGCCGGCGCAUCCGAGAGCUCCUCUCGUUUCCAACCAAGAAAACGUAAGACUGCGGAGCUGCAGGCUGAUAAGCAGAUGGAAGUGGAUGAUAUGGUGAACAAUCUACUGCAAUGGAUCCAGGGCCUUUACCAACAGAAGAACAGGAAAGCUCGUCAGUACUUCGGAGGGAAACCAGAGAAACCGAGGCCCUUUGAACCGGCAAACAAUUAUCUUCCACCUGCGACUGGUUAUCCAGCUGCUGGAACCCGCCCAUCUCCAAGCUACAAUGAGGGACCUUCACCAAGCCCCACAUACCAGCCGAGCCAGCCGUCAUACCAGCCUAGCGAGACCUACCAACCACCUGAACAGUCUUACCAGUCUAGCUACAAACCUAGUCUUCCUACACAACCAGCUUAUCAACCAUCACAGCCGUCCUACCAACCAUCCCAACCUUCUUAUUCUCCUAGCCCAUCAACUCCUAGCUACCAACCAAGUCCAUCUUCCCCAUCUUAUCAACCAUCUCAACCAGAGCAACCAUCUCCAAGUUACCCAUCUUCUCCUAGUUACCAACCCUCACAACCAUCCCAACCUAACUACGAUUAUUCGAAACCAAGUUACCAACAGAGCCAGUCCGACCAAACCACGCAAUCAAUCUACGUGUCAUCUGAAACUGGUAGCGUCAACACUGGUUCUAGUUCCAUUUCCAGUUCUGGUUCAAGUUCUGAUUCUAGCAGUAUUAGCGGUUCGAUCUCUCAAACAACACAAACUCAAGUGCAGGUUGACGAUGAAGACCGUCAUCCUCCCCACAUCCACGAAAUCUCCGUCGAUUGCGGCAAAGAAAUGAUGACCAUCAACAUCGAAUUCAACAAAGUAUACAACGGUCUCAUCUAUUCCCAAGAUCACUACAACGAACCCGAAUGCGUCUACGUUAGAGAGAACUCCAACCAGGCUAAAUUCUCCUUCACAGUCAGUCUGAACACUUGUGGCACCAGAUUCUACAGUGACUUCGAAAAUGAAGGUCAAGCGUACUUAGAAAAUGUUCUUGUUCUCCAAAACGAAGUCGGCAUUCAAGAGGUGUGGGAUCACAUAAGAAGAGUCAGGUGUCUUUGGGAAGGUAACUUGAAGAAGCAGCUGGUCCACUCCCUCAGUGUCGGUAUGUUGAACCAGAUUACAAGCAACUUCAGUGGAGACACUGCUAUGGCUAGAUUGGACAUCCAAACUGGAAGAGGACCUUUCGCUCCUGAAGCCAAUGGCUUAGUCAAGAUCGGAGAAACCAUGACUUUAGUCGUAUCAGUAACUGGUGACGCUGGAUUCGACAUCCUUGUCAGGGAAUGUAUUGCUAGAGAUUCAGAGAGCCGUAAUGUUGUUCCUUUGACUGAUAGCAACGGUUGUGUUCUGAAGCCCAAGGUCUUCGGAGCCUUCCAGAAGACGAGAGAUACUGGAAACACUGGAGCAUCAAUCAUCGCAUUUGCUUUCUUCAACGCUUUUAAAUUCCCCGAUGAAAUGGACCUGAUCAUUCAGUGUGAAGUAGAACUUUGCAAGACUGACUGUGAUGUGUGCCCUAACCCUGGAAGUAUUGAGCCUAGGAGAAGGCGACGAGACAUUAUCCAUAUUGGAAACAGCACGAAGGAACCUUCCACGAUUAUUGGUAAAGGAUUGAGGGUCGUUUUAGCUGAAGAUCUUCCAGAGGCGACAGGGUUCUGUCUUUCACCCCCUGCUGCCUUAUGGGGUGGGUCUCUAGUACUCAUCUCUUCUUUGAUGAGCAGUAUCCUCGUCUCAUACUGUUGGCAGAAGUCCCGAGGAUCAGCUAAGUUUUCGUAAAGUAUUAUAACGUAUGUUUUAUUUAUAGACAUACUCGAAUAAAUCGGGUGCUGAAAACUCCAUUAUACCAUUGUUAAUAUUCCAUAGUGUAAGUAUUUAAAAAGAACAGUUUUUUGAAGAAAAUAUUCUUAGGAAGGACUUUCAAGCUUGUUUUCUUAUUUACAUCACAAAAUGAUCCCACAUAUAACCAGUUGUUUCACCUUUUGAAUAUUAUUAAGUUUUUCUACUAAUGUUAUCUUGAAGUUAUGAUGUUUGUAGAGGCAGAAAAUCUUAAAACAUAAUUAUUUAAGCUAUCCAAUUUUCAUUCUUGCUACCCAUUAUUGCAACAUGGAGCGUUGAAGCACCAAAAGUUUUAUCAAAUUAUAAUGACGUUAGGCCUAAGAAUGGAUUGCCUACAUGUGAGUCUGCUAUGGGAAAAUCUGCAGUAUUCCAUACAUUUGAUUGGUGCGUGAGAUAGCGUCUUGCGCUAUUCAGUUUUUUGUAUCCAUUCUUUUUGUCGUCAUUGUCUUCCGUCAAUAAAAUUGCGAGGCUUAUUCCAUUUUGUGGAGACGUCUAUAUGUUUUGAUGUAUCUAUGAGUUGCUUUGCCGUUGCCAGUUCUAUCGAUAUGAGUUUUGCUUUAAAAUAUUUUGGCAAUAUAUGUCUGUUAAGUUCGAUUUUGUUCGGAAAAGCUCUAAAAUUUGAAAUAGGUUAAAGAUGGUCACCUUUUUAUCAUCGAAAUGUAUAUUGCAGAUAUCUAUUUAUGUAAUCAAAUGCGUUAAAUAUUCAAGUACUAAAACCAACACUGCCAAUUAUCGCUAUAUACAUAAGUUAUUCGUUCACCUAAGAGGUGCAUCUGUAAGCGACAAAAACCUCCUCUUUCUUUCUUUAUGAACAAAGAAAACUACGAAAAAGUAUUUUUAGAUUAUCAACUUUAUCUUAUCUAAGUGUAG